AUGUCACCUAAUGACGACACCCACCCUCGUACAAGACCUCCGGGUAGGUAGUUUGUGUGACAAAAACUAACUUACUUCGUACCUGAGCCUAAGGUCCCCAGGCACCAUCCGACAAGGCUGCGACAAAAGAGUGGGGACCCUGGAUUUCGACCCGAGCCUCGAAGAACAACAAGGCGCCGAACGACAUCUCGAUCUCCUCAAAACUAGCAACACCAAUUAAGAUGAGGAUACCCACCUUUCUCCUCGCGCUCUGCGCCUCUGCGACGAUCGCUUCUUCUUCGUCUGAGGGAGCAGAGGAAUUUAUAGAUAGUGCAAUUGUCUCGCUCCAACCCAUCUCCUCGUCCACAAACCAGGAACCGAUCCAGCAACUCUGCGAGAUACGCUACAACCCCUCUACCCUAUCCGCAGAAAUCGUCUCUUUCGAACAACCCGACCUCGACUUCUCCUCCUUCUCUAUGUCCUCAUCUCUUCUGCGAAUCGGACUCUUCGACCCCACGACCGCGAAAUGGAAGUCCUCCAUCUCCACCACGUCCACGGAAACCUUUGCGAAGGGCUACUCACCGACGAUCGUGCUGAGUCUUGAUGCGACGGGGGAAUUGAUGGGUGUUAGUGUUAAGAGUGCGCGGAUUGACGCUGGUCAGACGAGGGAUUUUGGGCCGAAGGUUACCCUGAGGAGGAUGGGGGCGGGGGGGAAGCCCGAGUUGAAUCGGCCGGUUGUGCUUAGUAAGGAGGGGAAGUUGGAGGAGCCGGAGCCGGAGAAGACGUUGUUGCAGAAGUAAGUUGUGGUUUCUUUGGGUGGGGAGGGGGUAUGGGGUUUUCGUUUUGUGAUUUAUUUAUCAUGGGGGUGGAGGGAUGUGUUGGUGGGAUUAUGGGAUAGUUGCUAAUUUGUUUGCAGGUAUUGGUGGGUUCUUUUGGGAGGUAUGAUGUUGCUUUUGACUACGGGGGGUCCGGAAUGAUGAAUGAUACCUACUUGGAUUGUUUCGAAGAGGGGAAUUAAGGAGCGGGUUUUGUGAAAUAUUGUACGGUAUAAGUAUGUUUUAUCGGGACCCUUUUACAAGACGACACAUGGAUUUCUGUUGAAAGAAAGUAAAUGCGGAUCCAUGAUACUGUGUUGUCUAUAUGUCCUUAACAUUGAACUUUUUUUUGAGAAAGAUAUUUGUCAUGCUUGAUCGAGGUUUUAAGUAGCACAUACCUAUAUUACCUAGAGCUAAAGAUUUCG